AUGGAGGUUUUCAAACAAGUAAAAAUCAACCUCUCACUCCUUGAUGCCAUCAAGCAAGUGCCCGCUUAUGCCAAACUCCUAAAAGAUCUGUGUACUCAAAAGCGAAAAACAAGAGCCAACACUCCGAAUAAGGUGUUUCACACUGAGCAGGUCAGUUCUAUCCUUCAGCACAGUCUCCCUCCAAAGUUCAAGGACCCUGGUGCCCCCACCAUCUCCUGUAUUAUUGGAUACCACAAGAUUGAUAAAGCCCUCCUUGAUUUGGGGGCUGGAGUGAAUCUAUUGCCGUACUCGGUCUAUUUACAACUCGGUUUGGGGGAAUUAAAGCCCACACCAAUUAUCUUGCAAUUGGCUGAUCGAUCCAUCAAGAAACCGCGGGGAAUCAUCGAGGAUGUUAUUAUCCAAGUCGACAAUUUCUAUUUCCCCGUGGACUUCAUUGUUCUUGACACUGAACCGGUGGCUAAUCCCACAAAGAUGAUCCUUGUAAUCUUCGGUCGCCCUUUCUUAGCUACGGCUAAUGCGAACAUAAACUAUAGGACUGGAAUUAUAAAGAUUAGGUUUGGGAAUCUGAAGGUAAAAUUGAACAUAUUCCAUACCUUUCAGCAACCACCAGAUAAAGCUGAGUGCUUCUUUUUAGACUCCAUAGAGAACUUGGUUGCAGAGCCCCCUCCUUGCGUUCUUACUAAAGAUCCCUUCGAGGCUGGUAUGACGCACAUCAAGGUGGAUAAUUGUGAUACAUGGCAAUCCAUAGGCCAAGCAAAUUACUGGCUUCCCACUAUUGCCAAACUCGACGUUCCUCCAUUGGCCAUAUCCAGAACGUCUCGAUUACUGCUUCCAGGUAACAUUCUUUCCCAAUGGUCCAAAAAGGUAAAUGAAAGAGUUACCAAGGGCAAUGAUUGCAGCCCUACAUAA